AGAAAAAGAAAUCAGUACUGGAUUGAAAAAAAUCGUGUACGUAAGUACUUCUUCUUGUUAUAUUGAAUACGCAAACGCAACAAGUCGCAAGAACAAGGAGCUCGAUGUGAAGGAUCCCUAACCUAGUAACCCAAAUAACGCAAGAACAAGCACAAGAUGGGUAUCCUCGAUGUGGUCCUCAGUAGCCUUGCCUCGCCGUUGCCGCAAGCGGGAGACGGUUCAGCCACUUCCUCGUCGUCCUCUUCGUUCUUUGUUGGCGCGGAGGAGCCAUCGGAUGAAGAUGUUGCGGCACAGCGUGAAGAUGAGGAUGUUGAGUCCGACAACGUUGCUGUUGCUGACAUGUGGAAUGACAAAUCCGACCAUCGAGAGCAACAAGAGGCUGCUUUUGCCAUUAUUUCUGGAGGUGGAGGAGCUGGCGGGAGCAAAAGAAGGCGCAUCCGUUUGCAUAACCACAAAAAGUUAGAGCUCAUCGUGAUCGCGACCAACGUUGGUCCUAGUGGUGAUGGCGGUACGGGUACAUCGUCCUCGACCUCGAGUGCAGCUUCGUCUGCAGAUGCGAUUAAGAAUGGUUCGACACCGACACAGGCUGCAGUUAAUCAUGGAAGUCCUCUACCGAAUUCAAAAACUUCUUCUUCGACGUGGUGUUCGUCCAGCUCAGCAUCAGCAAGAACUUUGAACGAGGAGCAGACUCAGCACGCAAGUGCCCAUUCCAGUUCCACAGAUCCUGCGCCUGCUGUCAAAAAGGUCAUCAACACCCUCAGUACAUCAUCUUCGUCCUCCAGUUCGAAGAAAAGCAAAAGUUCUUACAAGACGCGUCCAGCAAAAGCAAAACGAUCUCCGACUUUACCUGUCAUUCAAGAGGAAGAUGCCGCAGACGUCGACGAGGCCAUGGAAUUUUGCCCUAGUGGUGAGGCCAUUGCUCGCGUGGCUGUGGUCCAGGGCUCCGCCGCUUUGCACGCCUAUGCCUCAGUGAAGUCAGCGCCGGCUGGGAGCGUCUCCAUGGCCUGCCUGCCGAUUAUCGUGCCUUUCUCGAUGCCCUACGACAACGUCGUCGACUUCUUUCCGCUGAACGAGAGGUAGCUUCCACGACCAUUCAUAAAUUCAUCUUCAUUGUCAGAGUCAGUUCCACAUUCGAAUUACUUAAGUAGUAGUAGUAAGUUACACCUGAAUUGUCUGUAUAAUCUUUUUAUUUUUUCGCACGAAUGUGUGUGAAGAUUGCAACAUGCACACCUUUUCUAAAAAGGUAAAAAAACCAAAAAUCAAACCAUGGAGUGAGUCGUGUUCAAAAAUACUCUGCUUCUAUUAUACCUUCAACGGUCACUCCAAUCCAUUGCUCCUCAAGAACAUCAAAUGAAGUUGUACUCCUGAACAAUCUGUAUCUCUUCAUUCUCAUUCGACAGAGCAACGAAGUACCAAAAGACUCUUGUAUGUCUCACGACGACGCAAGGGACACUUUCCCUAGUCCAGUUGAUGUUGGGAGACCUGAUGGGAGGAUUUUUGGGUGGCAUGAUGGCAGCCACAGGGUCCUACGCUAGUUCGAGUACAACCGCUGUUUCCUGGCUGCCGACCUACACAGUCCUGAGUUUUCUUAAUGGGAGCGUGAGCACAUUGGGGAUGAUGGAGAAGGUACUACCUAGCUUGAGCAGUACAUGAUUGGGAGUGAAUAAGUGUACCUGUAUAAGUAGACGAAUCAUUGUUCGUUGUUCAACAUUGUAAAUUCUAAUGACUUCUGACCGUUCUGACUAAGUAUUGCAAGCAAUAUCAAUAUCUCAAAAUAUAUUAUAAGAGUUGCUGUAUGUUGAUCAUGAUCUACUACUAUCUGCACCGAAAUAUAGCAACAUCAAACAACGCCCACAACAUCAACUACAGAUGGUCUUCAGCAAGUACGCUUUCUUCGCUUUGAGCAAUCCGUUGGUUGUAAACCUGGUCCAUGGCUUGGUGGUAGCGGUUCCUCUCACUUCGUUCUUCGGAUGCUAUUAUUCCUAUGGGUAUUUGCGGGAGAUUCGGCUGUUACACGCAAACGGAACGAUGGUCGACACCUCAGUCGAGCAAAGCAGAUUCGUCGAGAAUUUGCUGGCGAGGGGAGCAGCAGUCGGGAAUAAUAAUGUUAAGAAGACGUUUGUGAAGAUGGUGACUAACCCUAAGCGGAAUGUGAUAGGUCAUCUCGUCUUCCCCCUCAGCCCCUUCUUCCUCUAACAACAGUGCAAGAACGGAGCAGCUAUUACCAGCGAGGCCGUCAAUGGAGGGCGCAAGCAUGGGAGAGGAACAUCAAGCGGGAGAGCAGCGAGGACCUACCUUAGUUCCCUUUUCUGGAGUGCCACAUACAAUAACGUCCUCAGGUGACGACUCCUUUCAGUAACAGAUAGAGAUUGAGAUGCUGGAAGAUGAUAGAUUUGAUUAGAACAUUCUCUAAUAAGGAUGAAGGGAAUCCUCAUGAGGAUCGAGAUAUUGUAGAGCUAGAAGUAGUAUCAAUGAACUUAACGUAAACCGAAUGAAUCCAAGAUUUUGCAUGAUGACUUACAAACUUAACGAAAUGCUGACUUCUUUUAAUUAUGGUACUAAGAACUCCGCCGAGUGACUAGGUAGCUGCGUUGAUGAUGAACAGAGCAGGUUUGUAUAGAUUUCGAAAUGAGUACAGUCGUCAAAAAUGACUUAACUGAAUAAUGAAUCUCAAAUCCUAUGAUGAAAACAAAAAUGAACAAUGACAACUCGUAGCGCAAUGACAUGAAUGUACUGCCGGCUAGUUCUCUCUAGUUCUUGCAUGUAUCAUUUAUCCGUAAUUCACCUUCACGCUGGCACUGAACUUCCACUUCCACUGAGAUGUAAGAGGAGCAAGAAGUUUUCUCCCAAAACAGCAGCAGUCACUUUGUUACACCUUCUGUA